AUGGCUUCCUGCAAACUCGCCGGUUUAGUUCUGUGUCUCGCCGUCGCGAUUAGUGCCCUACCCACUCAGGAUGAAGCCAGAGGCAACUCCAUCCAGACCGAAAACGACCUUCUGGACUCCAUCUACACGGAUUGUCUGCGCAAAGACUCCAUGUCUUGUCUCAAGUACAAAGUUUUCAACUUCGUGGACAAGAUGCUAGGCCACAAGGACACCAUCACGGUAACAGAAGGAGUGCAAUUCGUCAAAACAGGAGAGAAAGACGGUGCCCCACGUGCCAUAUCCAGCGACGAUUCCAUAGAGUCCUUGAUCUUCACCAGGAUCGCGGAUUUCCUUGACAACCACUCCCUCAAAGUAGACAUCAAAGGCAGUGAGAUAGUUAACGCAGUGUCCUCCUCAGCACGCUCCUUCAACGAAUACGCAGACACCUUAGCUGAAGAAGAAAACCUCGUGGAGGAAUCCAGGAAGAAGAAGAUGAAAGGCAACAAGAUGAUGGGACCACUCAUGGGAAUCCUGGCCCUCAAAAUGGCGGUCCUUGGUAAGCUCGCCCUGGCAGCCAUCGCCCUCAUUGCUGGUAAGGCCUUGAUCAUCGGUAAAAUCGCCUUGGUCCUCUCAGCUAUCAUCGGGAUCAAGAAGCUGCUGGGUAAUGGCGGACAGAAGCACGUGACCUACGAGGUGGUUCCUCAUGCGCAGCAUUCUUCCAGUCAUAUUUCUAGUCACGAGGCUGCCUACGCUGGUGGUUCUGGACACGGAGGAGGUUAUGGAGGUGAUUUGGGAGGGUACUCAGGGGGUUCUUCUGGGGGUUGGGGUAGGUCCAUCGAUGCCCAGUCUUUGGCGUACAGGGGGCAUCAGCAAGCGUGA